GACAAUAUUUUCUACCCGUCUGAGCUGGAUCCCGAGGGCGAGAUAACCUCCUUUCCGGGCUUCAACUGCGGCAUCAUCGUCCAGGCAGCGAGCGUCGAGGAGCACUCGGGCCACUGGGUCUGCGUCGCCACCUCUGACCACGGCUUCGAUUCCGCCAGCUCCGAUGUCCUUGUCAAGCCCGCAUCGUCCUGGCCCGGUGUUGUAGCGAACGUCUCGUCCCCACAGAACGGCAGGUGGGGGGAGUGGGGGCCCGUCGAAAUGUGCCCCCCCAACGCCUUCGCGGAUUCCUUCGAAAUUAAGUCCGAAGCUCCGACAACAGGAGACAACACAGCAGUGAAUGGGAUAAUAAUGGCGUGCAGACAGCAGGGAGGUGACCUGCCCAGCCGCAUUACUUCCGACGCCGGGGACUUCGGUACAUGGCGAGGAGAGAGAACGUGCCCUGUGCCUGAAUACAUAGAGAAGUUUUCCCUCCGCGUUGAACCAGACCAGGGUGACCUCGGGGAUGACACUGCUGUUGAUGAUGUCAAGGUCAUCUGCACGAACCACCCGGAGGUCGAGAUCGUGGGCGGUGGAGAGGAUUGGGGAUUCUGGGGAACAUGGGCGGAAUGUCCUCCCGAUACGGCGGUGUGUGGGCUGCAGACACGCCUUGAACCCUACAUGGGCUUGAUGGACGACGACACCGCCCUCAAUGACAUUCGGGUUUUCUGUUGCCCUUUGUUUUGGUGAUGCCCUGGGGCGAGCUUUUGGUGUGGCCUAUCCCCCCUGAUGAACUACUGGAGCAAUGGUGUUGUCUGAUUGACUUUUGAAAAGUGUGUCAGUCAUCAAUAUGUUACUCUUAUUAUAAACCCAUUUCCUUGAUCGUCAAGCAUUUACUCUGCGAGUUAAGUAUGGUCACAGGAGUUGUUUUUUUCAACAACCAGUUUGUAAUACUAACAUCUGAAGUUACCCCUAACCUAUAUGUUAGCUAUUUCCCAACUUGCUGCAUCCACGGGCAAACAGAACCGUCACUUAACGCGCUCGAUUUCAGGCAAUAAACGUUUCAGCGACGUCCUUAAUCGCGUCAAAGAUCCCGCGCGUGUGAAGAAUGACGACGUCAUGAAAUUUCACGUAAAAAUAAUAAACCAUUAUUUUUUAAUAUAUAAAGAUAUGAAAUACAAUAAUUACUCUCAAAUCGUAUUGAUUUAAAUAUUUUUUGAUAGAGAUUGUAUGUGCAUUUAAGUAAUCGCCAAUUCCGAACGAUCCAAACGACGUCACCCGUCCACAAGCUAGGUUGCCGCACUAAGAGGAUUAUGCCAACUUAGAGGUCGGGGAAGAGGAAAUGUUACAGAUUGCUGCCAGCUCGUUGUCGAAAAAAUCGCUCGUGUGACCGCGGCUUCUAUUAAUCGUAGAAUUUUGUAACCGUGACUAAAAAAAAAUAGGAAUUAAAAUAAUGGAACCAGUAUUUUUUCUUAUCCUACCUGCUAUGCCUCAAUCUAUAAAUAUAUUCAUUGUCUUCUGCUGUCGCAUAUCGGACAGGUCAAGGGAUUUCCACGCGGCACGGAUAAGAUUGUCAUAUUGAAAGGGACCAUGGAGUAUAUAAAAUCAAUCGUCGCAGCCGUUGAAGCCGUAUGCGACGGUACGAUUUCCUCCAGCAGUAGGAAAUAACAGGUAAUUUUUUGGCCGAUACAUUUAUAGUUUGAGUUUGCGUUCCAUUUACCUAAUAGCAUUUGUCAUACUAAAUAAAAUGGAAACCAGA